AUGGAUUCAGCGCCUCUGAAAGUUUCCCAGGGCCUGGAGGAAGAACGUGACCGUGGUGGCCCUGGGGCCUCUGGACCGCUGGCGCAGACCUCAGGUGUGGCCUACCUGGUACCAGUUCUGGGAAAGGGAACUUGGAUUCACCCCAGCUACAAGCAUUCAGGAAUGUGCUGGAAUCGCGUCCAGCUCCUCGGACAUCACAACACUGGUAAGGGGCUGAAAGCGGCCUCUCUGGCCCACCCCAGCCCCCGGAGCUCUUCAGCCACCUCCCGUCACCCGCGGGGACUUGGAGCGCGCAGCGCUGGCCCCGCGAGGCUGCGAAUCCCGCCGACGCUGCAGCAUCGCUGGGCCGUGAACUGUGCCCUUCACCUGCGCCUGAGACACCUACCUGAGGGCUAA